AUGGUGUUUAUACUUGCACUGAUUAUCAUGGUGGCUAUUUUGUACACAAUCCCAACGCAAAAUAUCCUGCGAGAAAAGAUAAAAGAGCUUCAGCCUCUGCAAAAGAAAUUCACAGAUGUUAAAGCACAGUUGGAGCUCAAAACGUAUGACUUGUCCUUAUCUCUGAAGAGCGCUGAACAGAAUGAGAAUCACAAGAUUCUUGGUACGGGUAUGUCUUCAAAGAUGUGGGAGAUUACAUUGGACCAUGCUCGAUCAUGUGUUUUGGAUAAUAGCGUCCACGUGUACCAACCUCAGAAGAAAACAGCUGUUGUCUUCAAUGUCAUAGCUCAAGUUCUUGGACUGCUUGUGGAGUUUCAGUAUGUUCCUGCUGAGAAGUUAUCUGAGAUUGAAAAGGCAACGAUCCUCCUCUCCGACUUGGCUCAAGCAGAGGCGAUGGUGAUUGCUGCAUUGAGUCAUCCAAAUGAAGUAAUCUCGUAUGAUGAUGAGUCUUCCAUGAUGAGGAACUUUCUCAACGUCCCAUCUUCACAAACCAGUGUUGGGAUUGAUUAUUCCGGUAUGAGUUUGACUAGUUGGAUGGUUAUGCAUGGUUUUGUGGGGAAUCUUCACAACGCAGCAGAAAGUAGUGGCAAGUAG